UUUUCCCCAAGGAAUCGCUAAACAAUUCAUCUAAAUUUUCCCUUUCAUCUUUCAAUUUGUAAGAGACUAUUUAUUCUUAUAACAAACCAAAAAAACAACACAAAACACAAACCCAUCUAAGCUGCUUCUGUAGCUAGUCUCUCUGUUUUCUUUUCUUCUUUAAUUCUAGGUUGUCCUCAUAAAAUCCAGUACAAGAAUGUGGUGGUGGUCAUCAUCGUCGACGAAAGUCCGAUCAAAUCUAGAGAGGUUUCUUAGAGGAAUCACUCCAAAACCUCCUUCUUCUUCUCUAUCGAAGAGUUGCGAGAAUGUCUUGAAUAAUUUAUGGACUCAACAUAGCAAAGAUGAGACUGAAUAUUUCAGGCUCAGUGAACUUUGGGACUGUUUUGAUGAGCUAAGUGCGUAUGGACUUGGAUCAAAGGUUGAGUUGAACAAUGGUGAAUCUGUUAUGCAAUACUAUGUUCCGUAUCUAUCGGCCAUUCAACUCUACACUAGCAAGUCUCCAGCCUUUUCCAGGAACCAGAGUGAUGUAGUUGAUUUUGAGAGUGAAUGCUGGAGUGAUGAUAGUGAGAUUGAAAAGUUGUCAAGGUCAACCAGUAGUGGUUCUAGCAAGAUAUGGGAUUCAGUUUCUGAUGACUCGGCUUAUGACACUCCUCUGUCAAUGCAAGAUAAGCUUGGUUGCAUUGAGUUUCAGUACUUUGAGUCAGCUAAACCGCACUUGCGAGUUCCUCUUACCACCAAGAUAAAUGAAUUGGCUGAGAAGUAUCCGAGAGUUAUGACUCUAAGGAGUGUUGAUUUGUCUCCAGCAAGUUGGAUGGCCAUUGCUUGGUAUCCAAUAUACCAUAUUCCAUCUCAGAAGACAGAUAAAGACUUAUCAACGUGUUUCUUGAGUUAUCAUACGCUGUCUUCGGCAUUGCAAGGUAAUUUGGUAGAGGGAGACGAUGAGAACAACAAAAGUAUGGAAGAAGAAGCAUUGUCAUGUGAUGAUGAACCAAUGGUGACCAAGAGACUCCCUUUGGCUCCUUUUGGUUUAGUUACAUACAAAAUGCAAGGAGGUUUGUGGGGGAAACAAGAAUCUGGAGACAAAGAACGUUUAGUUUAUCUUGGAAGAGCAGCGGAGUCAUGGCUGAAACAGCUUAAUGUUCACGAUCACCAUGACUACAGCUUUUUCUCUCUAAACAAGAGCUUGUAAAACCUCUGUUUUUCUGCUCGGUUUUUUAGUUGUUUUCUUAGAGCAUCUUCAUCGCUCGUUUCUACGCGAGUUUUUUGGGACAAAAGUUGGUGUAGGUCCCACCAAUAACGAAAAUACGUUGCCUUUUG